GUUUGCAACAGUGAGGUAUGACCAGGCAUCCAAGAACAUUAAAAACCAGUUCAUGCAUCUGACCAACUACAGUGUCAACAAGAAGAGUGGAGAUUAUGUCAGCUGUGAUGAUCCUGAAGUAGAGGAUUAUGGAAACAAGUGGAGCAUGAGUGCAAUGCUGAGGUACUUAAAACAAGAGGGGAGAGACACCGCAGCACUGAUGGCCAACGUGGAGGACCUGAUUAUCAAGACUGUAGUUUCUGCUGAGCUGGCCAUUGCCACAGCUUGUAAAACUUUUCUUUCACAUCGUGGCAGCUGCUUUGAGCUGUAUGGUUUUGAUGUCCUUAUUGAUGACACUCUCAAACCUUGGCUGCUGGAAGUGAAUUUAUCCCCAUCAUUGGCCUGUGAUGCUCCUUUGGACCUGAAGAUCAAAGCUAGCAUGCUUUCAGAUAUGUUCACUCUUGUAGGCUUUGUGUGCCAGGAUCCAGGCCAGCGGUCAAGCCGGGCCAUUCAUCAUUCAUCUGAAUCUGUCAGGAGAAAUCCAUACCAGAAGCUACAGCGUCCUGUGUCUGCACAGUCGCAAACAGCAAACACCAGAUUGCGUACCCGUCCUCUGUCUGCCAGUGAUGCUGAAAUUAAAAACCCGAUGCCCUCAGGCAGGGAAAAAGCAACAGGAAGGCAAGGCAGCUCUGUGCUAGGCCUCUCCAUGGAGGAGAUAAAAGUUCUUCGUCGAGUGAGAGAGGAGAAUGAACGGAGAGGAGGCUUCAUCCGGAUAUUCCCUACCCCGUUAACAUGGGACCUUUAUGGAUCCUUUUUAGAGCACAAGACAUCAAUGAACUACAUGCUGGCUACACGUCUGUUUCAGGACAGGGGCAAGAUGAAAAGAGACUUCAUCACUGGGAGAUCCCGAGCAGGUCUUAAUGGAAGGCUGGAUAUGAGGCUGGAAGCUGUAGACUCUCAUGCUCUCUUUUAUGAGAGAAAGCUUGUUUCGCUGGAGUUACGGAAGCGCCGGCAAUGUCAUGGCAAGGCUAGAACAGCACGAACAAGAUCAUCAGGGACAUCAGAACCAACAAAGCUGUCCCUCAAGUCAGACACAGAAGGUGAGGAGGAAGAGGAGGUGGAUGCAGAUGAAGUUGAAGAGCUAGAUAGAACUGUUGGCUCUCUUUUGGACACCCAGGUGAAAAGCAAGCCAAAGCUCUCUGACUUGGUGAAAACUCCUUGUAAGGAGAGGUUGCCAAAAAAACUUGACAAGAAAACUGCAGAUGGAACAGAGCCGUUUCUUCGAAAACCAGACUCAGAAUCUCAGUUUAACUUGCUGCAGAUUCUUCAAAAGCAUGGAAACCUGAGCAAAGUGCAAGCUCGCAGGGCUUUCUCAGCCUAUCUACAGCAUGUUCAGUUGCGACUGAUGAAGGAGGCUGGUGACCAGAUCCAGAAUCCUGCCUGGGCUGCCAAAGAGGAUGAGCAAAUGGAGCUUGUGGUACGCUUUCUGAAGCGAGCUGCCAGCAAUCUUCAGCAGUCCUUGAGGAUGCUGCUUCCCAGCCGUCGUUUAGGACUAAAUGAUCGUCGUCGUAUCCUGGCUCACCAGCUGGGCGAGUUCAUAAUCUGUUAUAACAAGGAAACAGAGCAGAUGGUUCAGAAGCGAUCAAAAAAGAAACAGGAAGAGGAGGAGGAGGGAGUGAAUCCUGAAGGUUUUCAGAACUUUAUUACCAGAGCAAGUGAAAGUGACCUGGAGGAAGUGCUGACAUUUUACACACACAAAAACAAGUCAGCAAGUGUCUUCCUAGGAACAAACUCCACAAGCACAAAACCCAGCAACACCAGUAACCAGUCAGAGAAACAGCUUCAAGGGGAGCAUCCUGAGGUGGUGAAAAAAAUAAAAGCUGAUCAGCCCAAAAGUUCAGUUGCGGAUCUGCCUGCAGAAGGAGCAUUAAAAGGCUAUAAACCCAAAGAAGUUAAAUCAACCUUUCCAGAAGAACCCACCUUCUCCUUAAAUGCUGAAGUGAAAUUACCUCGGUGUGGCCCUCCUAGUGCUUCUUCAUCUGUUUGUGGUGCCAUGUUCCAGAGAAAUACCAGUUCCUGGAUACCAUCUCAGCCUGCAGCCUCUGAAAAUCCACAGGGGCCUUGUCACCAUUCAUUGCCAGCUCCUCCAGUUGGUCCCAGGCUGAUUCAGUCCCCAUCCUCACUACCUUCCUCGCAGAGCACAGCUCCUGACAGCUCUUCUGUCUUCGCAAACCAAGUGUCCAGUGAGGCUUCUAGCCUUGCAGGGUUACAUCGUUGUCAUUCUGGUAGCUACACCAUUGGCCCAUUCUCAUCUUUUCAGAGAGCUGCUCAGAUCUACAGCCAAAGAUUGUCUCGACCAUCCUCUGCAAAAGUAGGUUUGUGCCAUCGCAGUCCAAGUGGGCAGUGUGUGGGCUCAGCCAGGAUGCACAAAGAUGCAGAAGAUACUUCCCUGGGCAAACGUUAUAGCCCCAGUAUGGUAGCAGCAGAACUGCAGCAGCUGGCAGAAAAGCAAGCAGCAUGUCAGUAUUCCCCACCAAGCCACAUGAGUAUCCUUACACAGCAG